ACGACUCGGUGCCCGCAGUCUUGCCAGACGACUUGGUGCCCGCAGUCUUGCCAGACGACUCGAUGCCCGCUGUUCCGCCAGUUGACUCGGUGCCCGCAGUCUUGCCAGACGACUCGGUGCCCGCAGUCUUGCCAGACGACUCGGUGCCCGCAGUUCCUUUUCCGCCAGACUUGACUCGUGCCCGCAGUCUUGCCAGACGACUCGAUGCCCGCUGUUCCAGCCAGUUGACUCGGUGCCCGCAGUCUUGCCAGACGACUCGGUGCCCGCAGUCUUCCGCCCCCGCAGUGCCCGCAGUCUUGCCAGACGACUCGGUGCCCGCAGUCUUG